GAUGAGCGCGUCUGCUGAUAUGUCUGUGUGUUGUGUCGCUUAGCUGCGCACGCGUAGAAAAUUCGGUCUCUCAUCUGGACACACACUUGUCUGACGUUAUCCCGGCGGAUGCAGCGAGAUCUAUACGUCAAACGGUACGCCCGUGUUUCAAAGCAGUUUUUUUUCACCAAUUUAACGAAACCGCGAACGGGGCUGGAUCUGAUCCGGCGCACGAUUCAACAUGUUGGCCCUUAUCAAUCGGAUUCUGGACUGGUUCAAGUCCCUCUUCUGGAAGGAAGAGAUGGAGCUUACUCUCGUCGGUUUGCAGUACAGUGGAAAGACUACAUUCGUGAAUGUCAUAGCGUCGGGACAAUUUAGCGAAGACAUGAUACCGACUGUAGGCUUUAACAUGCGUAAAAUAACCAAAGGCAAUGUCACUAUAAAAGUAUGGGACAUCGGUGGUCAGCCAAGGUUCAGAUCCAUGUGGGAAAGAUAUUGUAGAGGAGUGAACGCCAUAGUUUACAUGGUGGACGCAGCUGAUUCGGAGAAGAUUGAGGCGAGCCGCAACGAGUUGCACAACCUACUUGAUAAGCCACAAUUGUCCGGAAUACCAGUGUUGGUUCUGGGUAACAAGAGAGACCUACCUCACGCACUGGAUGAAAACGGACUCAUAGAACGAAUGAAUCUGUCUGCGAUUCAAGACCGUGAAAUUUGUUGCUACAGUAUUUCGUGUAAAGAAAAGGACAAUAUCGACAUUACGUUACAGUGGCUUAUAGCGCAUUCGAAAAGUGGGGUUCGCUAAUAUUCUUAAAGUGUUCCCAUUCGUGUUGGUAUCAAUAAAUCAAUUUUUGAUACUGAUAGCAGUAUUGGGAUCAAUUGUGAAAAAAAAAAAAAAAAAAAAAAUAAUACGAGCGUAUUGAGCAAAACUUUGUUCGAAAACCGAGUCAUUAUUAAGUAGAGAAACAAACUUUGAAUUUAAAAGCUUUAGCCGAAUAUAUAAGUUGGACGGUGCGGAAUGAUAAAAUUAUACAAAACAAAAAAAACAAAAAAAAAGAAAAAAAAAGAAAACCAGAAUUUAUGCUUACGCCAAGAGUAUGCUCGUGUGAAUUAUUACCAUAAGGCACUCACAUCCCGCGAGCACCUUAGUGUACUAAGAGACAAUUUUUUUAUAUUUUCGUUUAUAUAGGUAAGUUUCCCACAAAUAUAUUCCAAUACCUAAAAACAUUGAAAUAUAUACAUACAUAUAUAUAUAUAUAUAUAAAUAUAUAUAUAUAUAAAAAUUAUAAUUAGUAUAUCUCUGUAUUUUCUAUGAUUGCCCGCUGUUUUAAAGCUGGAAUAAUACCAUAACAUAAUCGCAGUUAAUUAUUGUGAUAUUAUAUAGUCUAAAUGUCGAUACUCUCUAAUUUUACCUUGUAAUCUUUGAAGGAUACCAAACGUUUCAUGUAUUAUAAAAACAAAAAAAAAUUAGGGAAAAUAGCAUAUAUAGGUAUUACGAAGUACACGCGCAAAACAAAAAAAACAAAAAAAAAAAAA